GGUUUGCCAGCCACCAAAAUUCAAGAAGAAGAAGUAAUCAUGUGAUUAUGUUUUUUUAAUCUGCCUUUCCAGAUCUCGAGGGUUAUGUUUUUGUUUUAAAGUCGUUCAAAGUCAUCUCCCUGCAGCCGUCGAGCGGUCUCGAUACCUCGAUAGCUGCCAUGGCCGAUGAUUUGAAGAGAUAUCUUUACAAACAGUUGCAAAGCAUUGAAGGUCUUCAUGCUAUUGUGGUCACUGAUAGGGAUGGUGUCCCGGUUAUUAAAGUUGCCAACGACAAUGCCCCAGUUCAUGCUUUGAGACCGGGCUUCCUGUCUACGUUUGCUCUGGCCACUGAUCAGGGCAGCAAACUGGGCCUUUCUAAGAACAAGAGCAUCAUCUGCUAUUAUAACGCCUACCAGAUUGUGCAGUUCAAUCGGCUACCACUGGUCAUCAGCUUCAUUGCCGGCAACACUGCCAACACAG